AUGGAGCACUGCAUCAGGUGUGGCCAGUUUUCUAGCGUACCACAUGAAAGUCACCCUACUGCUCCAAAAUCAUUACCAGCUUUUGCUUCACGGGCCUCAUUAACCACUGGUGUUUCCCAGGCUGCACCACCAUUACCAGCAGCUUCUUCACGUCCAACACUCCAACUCCCAGCUGUUCCUUCUCGGGAGGACUUUUGUGGUGCUGUCAAAGCCAAGCGCAAAAAAAAUCCACCAGCAGUAUCAGCACCAUAUCCCAAGAAGAAACCAGCUCCUGUAGCCCCUCUCGCACCCGCCUCCUUUGCUCCAACUGCCAAUGACCGGCUUCUUGACUGCGGACUCUUAUUGUACCAGGGAAAAAAGCUCACCGAAAAUAGUGGCAUCACAAAUAUCAUGCAGCGGGUCGAUAUAUCCAACCCUUCGCUCUUUGAAGACCUCCAGGCCCAACUCUGGCACAAAUUUUCCGGCGACAUCCUAGCAAAGACAUCCAUCAAGAGCUUUCCUGAACCGGCCAAAAAUCACAUAAGCCUUGUGCAUGGUAAAAGCCGCCUCACUGACCUGGAGUCUUUGUUGUUUGUCAUUCACAAACCUACCAACAAAAAGGCGCAUCAAGUUCACCUAUCUUAUCAUCAUCCGUACAAGCAUAUGCGGGCCCCUACUCCUGACGACUCUGAGCUUGAUUCCAACAAUUCUGACACUGAUUCAGUUGAACUCGUCACCAAACCAUUGACACGUUCCAAAUUCAAGCAUGCCACCAGUCCAAUGGCUCGCUGGUCAACCAGUGGCCCCAAAGGAGACUCCUGGGAGCUUCGAGGUGUUGCCUGUACCAUCCCUGCCAGAGGAAACACCAGCCUCUCAACUCAGAUUCACAAGUCACCGGACUUCGACAACUUUUCAUAUAAAAAAUGCUUCCAGCUCACUGCCGAUGCCGAACCAAUAACCCUCAGGGUGCAUCUCAACAAAGUGGUUGGUGAGGGGAGCAUGAGGCGUGCAUUCAAAGCUGAAGUUAAGUUAGCUUUGCCUGACAGCACUGUUGAAAUCAUCAACUAUGUGGCCAAGAUCCGAUACAACAACACCUAUCCCAAUAUCACCACGCAUGCAACUGAUGCCCGUAUGUAUGAGGCCAGUGCACUACUAUUAGAUGAGUUCAAGAAAGUCAUUAUCAAAAGCAAAGGGAUUAAAUUAGACUAUGUGGCUAAGAGUAGAUUAAUGGAGAUUAUUCGACAUGCAGUUGUAGUGACUGGUGAUCCCUCCAUCCCAAGUGAGGUUUACUUUCUGGAGGCUGAACUCGAUGGACGCUAUGUCAAGUACUCCAGCAAUGUGAAUUUCAAGCCCAAAAUGAAUAAUUCCGGAAUAGAUCCUAUACUUUCACAUCUCAUGAGUGCAUUUACCCACUGGACAUACACUAAAAGCGAUGGUAAAAGCCUUAUCUGUGACUUACAAGGAGUAGGAUCAAUUCUCACCGACACUCAAAUAAUUGAUGUUGAUGAAACUCGGUGGGCUGAUGGUAAUAACUCAAAAUACGGCAUCACCUGUUUUCUCGAAGAACACGUAUGCAAUGAUCUUUGCAAAGCGUUGAAGUUGCCCAAACCCAUUCCCGACAAAAACACAGCACAGGUGAUGCAUCAACCAACUAACAUUCAACAGGGAGGCAUGCCCAUUCCUGCCUGCAAGAGGCAACAAGUGCCAUUAUCAAACCAAGCAUCAUCAUCAAACCAACCACAUCAAAGUAUUUACGCUCAAUCUGUGCAGAUUAAAAACCCUCCAUCAUCAUCCAAUCCCAGACCCCCUGUCAACCGAGGGUCCUUGGCACAUGUCCUACACCAUGCAACAGGAAGGCAAGUUGAUUGUGAAAGUUUGUCAUCAUCAUUCUUACCACCCCCUGAGAACACCGGUAGCUAG